CUCUUAGUAUAGCAUACUGAAAAUGUCAGACUGGGUGCUGUGCCUCCUUCUUCUCUGCUGCAUCAUAGGUUGUCGUGGUGUGCAGUGGUCUCUUGAUGACUCGCCUAAGGUUGAUGGCACUAAGGGACAGUAUGCCAUUCUACCAUGCUCUUUCACCCACCCAGAACAGCAGUCAUUCACAGGGGAGAUCCUUGUAAAAUGGAUAACAGGAACAUUUCAUGGUCCUACCAUGUUCCAGUGCAGUGUGAUGAACAGCACUGAAGGGAGGUAUGAAAAGUGCUCAGACCCUAAUGUGCCGAACCGUUACUCUCUGCGGGGAAACCCACGGGAGAGGAACCUGUCUCUCCUCAUCCAGGGACUGGAGCUCUCUGACAUCGAUCAGUACUAUUGCAGAGUGGAGCUGGACAACACGAGAAGUACCAUGUACCAGAGCCCAAAAGGAACAUUCCUCAAUAUCCCUGACCAAGGAACACUUAUUGUAACAAAGAGGAGGUGGAAGAUAAACCAUCAGGGUGCAUUUCCCUCUCCUCCAGCUCCGCCUGAGAUCCUCAGCCUCUCCCAGGUGCCAGGACCUCCACCCAGCAAUGUCAGCCUGGAAUGUGUGGCUGAAGGGAACCCACGUCCUACCCUCACCUACCACUCUCCAGCAGGCCUGGAGAUACCUGGCUCCAUGCUCGUCCCAUUAGUCCCAUCAAAGGUCAAUCGAUUCCGGACUAUGGUUCACAUCCCUAUGGCUACAAGUGACCCACACAUCUGCCGGGCAACAAACAAGCUUGACACAGUGGAGCAGAGCUUCCUCUCACAUCAGCGGCCUUCAGCCCUAGUCCUGGCCCUGUGCGUCUCUGGUGCCAUGCUUCUGCUGGGCCUGGGGCUUUUCCUCUGGCUCAAGCAUAGAGGAACUGUAUCAUCCUGCAACUGUGGAUACAGGCACAAACAAAAAUGGGAAGCUCACAGUCAACCACCAGAAGUGCCAGUCUCUGAAAUACCUUUAUAUGCCAAUAGCAUCGAAGCCAAAGGUGAUACGGGUAUCAUAUAUGCAGAUAUCAGUGUGAAGAACAUCACAAAUGAUCUGAGUUCUAUGACAAAAGAUGGGGAAAACGAUGUCUGCUAUGCUGAGGUGAAAUUCAAUUGAAACUCUGCCUGGUUGAAGGAGAGCUGCAUCUGUCUGUAUUGGCUUGGAGCUACAUUAUCUAAUUUCAUGUGGGCAGCAGUGUGUUGUGGUUGACUUAUUUGAGAAUUUUAAUGCAGAUAGCAAAUAUAGUGUGUGCAGGUUCUGGUAUGAAUAAGCAUGAAGCGUGUCUGUCUAAUGGUAUUCUAAUAAUGCAAUAUACAAAAGUAUAUUGAUUCCAGUGAAUCAUUAAUAAAGCACACCGCAUAUGUUGUAAAAUAAAGCUUAUGUCAAUAACUGUAUUAUUUUUUUGUUUACAGCAUUUUAUGUGCAUAUAAUUCCUUUUUUUUUUUCACUGUAUGUGUGAAUGUCUCUGCAAUAUAGUAAAUAACCUUUAUUUUUGUCAUUGAACCAUAUCAAGGUCCAUGGUAAGCCAGUGGUGGAUCUCUUGUGUAGCCAUAAGAUUGGCAUUUUAACCGUAAAAUAUAACUUCAUUUUCCUUGUCA